UUGGUUCCCGCCAUGCUUUGUGUCUGAGAAGGUAGGGGGGAAAGAUUUAAUGGUGAAAGUUGUUGAAUUGAAGUUCGGCAUAAGGAAAUAUCGUCGUGGCCAUCCUGUUGAAGGGCAAUGGGUAUUUGGAGUUGUGGAAAGAAGGCCGUUGACAAACCUGAAAAAGGUCAAUAAAAUAUUAUGAACGGAUGCAGUCCGAGACUAUGUGACCAUCACUGUGCUCAGGUGUGUUACCAAUAUGUCUGUCCCUGCGAUUAUGCUCCUAGUUUCACACCAAAUCCCACAGAGCAGAGAGUAUGCUGUCAGUGGGAAUACUUCUAUCCCGAAAGUGGAAGGAAGUAUGAAGAUACAAACCAAGACAGAGACAAGGACAUUUUAACUCACUACUUCGGAGUCCAUAGAUACUGGAGAGACAUCCAUGAUCCACUGAGAUUCACAGGAGUGAAUCACAUCCCUCGAUGGCUCCAUACAGAUCUCUCUUCCUUCGACGUGGACUAUUCAAAUAUUUUGAAAGAGCGAGAGAUUAUGGGAGUACGGAAUGUUGAUCCUGGGUUCUAUCAGUUCCGCAGCAUAAGACCCUACAAUAAAACAAAUGAAAACUGGUUGCGACUUAUACCUUCACCACCAAAGUUGGAUACGCAGGAAACCUUACCACCAGGAAAAGUAUCUGUUCAAGCUAUGCGUUACGGACAGAUGCCUUUUCUAAGCUAA